UUCGCAUAUUGGCAACGAUAGCUUAGGUUAGUUAGCAAGGGGCUGGGAUGAAUGAGAGAGAUUUGACUCCGCACUGAAUUUACAUCGUUGGCUUCCGGCAUUUAUCUUACAAUCGACUGCUAAUACCUAAGACAAUUGGCCUACCGUGUUGAUGGGCGCAUAUAUCAAAUGCAUGUUCAUGAUAGCUCGCCGAUUUCGGUCCGAGCCUUCAAACUUCCCCUUACCAGCACCUCCAACGUCACAUUCAUUUUCUAUCAUCUCACCCUCUGCUACUGCCUCCCCGUCAUCCUUUUUCACAGUCUGCCUCUCCUGCCCUUCAAAAUCCUUCUUCAUCUGCACUAUACCGUUCUUAUGGACUGCAAUUCACCGAUGUCCCUCCAGUCCCUGCGUCCAGUAUUGAUAUACAGCAUACAACCGAGACAAAUGAUUUUGAUAAAGGGUUUACCAAAUUUGACUCGACGACCUUCAAAGGCCAGCCCUGUCUCAAUCCAUCCAUGGACAACGACAAAUACUAGUAAGGUGACAGUGGAGGUAAUGUUGUAAUGGGGCAAUCAGUUAGACUAAGCACCAGUAAGGAAAUUGCCCCACUUGUUGUCUUAGGGAAAGGAGCCAUACCCUUUU